AUGUCGGUGAAGGUGGACAAUCGUAGCACCUUUCGUGGAAUUCGAAAGUGUCCAAAGUGUGGCUUAUUUAGUGGAAAUCGUGCGGUAUACUGUAAAAACCGUUCAUGCCUUGCAAUACUGCAAUGCCCCAAGAAUCGGGGAGAAAAAAACACCCCGGAUGGUUCGUCGUUUGCAGUUCGCCUGCUGCAUUCGGUUCCCCAAUCGCUGCUGUACAGUGUUACCCACAGCAAUGGCCUACGAAGCUUCAUUCAGUCAUCGAACGAGCCCGAUGGGAAAAUGCUAUUGCGCACGAUAGCGGGCAGCAGUGUGAAGGAUGCAAACUCGGUGAUACAACUUAUACUGAAGUGUAAAUCCGAGGCUGAACCAAUGCCCAUAAAGGAAACGGUGAUCGAGACGCUUGCAGUGUCGGAGAUGGAAAAGAAUUCGCUUGGAAAGCAGCAGCUGCAGUGCAGCUUCCCUUUGGUACAACGGCUUUUCGAGGACCUGUUUGUCGUAGGUCAACCGAAAGGUGGUGUUUGGCAUCACGUUAAAGCGGUAAGACGUAAGCAGAUAUAUACUGAACUUCAUUGUUCCUGCCAUUCCGAGGUAGUGGCAAUGAACUGUUGGCACAAGCUGGCCACCGUAGCCGCUAUGCUCAGUGCUAGACAGUGUUACGGUGCACGCUGGGGAAAACUGUUGCAGUCGUUCGUCACGAAAGAGCCGUCACCAACACCGAAUCCCGUACUGUCGUACGGGAUCGCCACGGAAUGCCUCACGAUCGGUGGAUCAAACGUAGAAUACAUCGAUUUGGGUGGCAGUGAACUUCAGUCGAGCGACGUGAUGCAGCAGGCACUGUUCAAUGAUAACGAAGACCAAAGGUUGGAUUUAUGCGAUUCCCUCAAGAUAGAUGUUUUAUCAAACGGCUACGAAUUGAUGAUCGAUGAUGGCACGACGGCAACGAUGACAUCGCCGAUCAACGAAGUUCCAGACGUAUUUGCAGCAACCGCUAUAGACGAUCUACAGCUAAUGAACUGCCAGAUCGAGCUAAUGGACGAGUUUGAUUUAACGGACCGUAUCGACUUCUGUCCGUCCGACGUUGAGUGCGAUGACGGGCUACUACUCCCGACGAACGGCGAUGAAAAUCUGUCCGAUGCCACGCUCGACACGGAGCCUUUGGUGGAAAUCUCGUCCAAGAAAGGCGCGUUCCUGAAAGGCGUAGCAAAGGAAAAACUAACACGGGGAAGCUACAGCUUGCGCAAGCUGAUGAGGGUUCUCGAAUCAAAUGGCAUCGUAUUCCACCGCACCGUAUGCCCGGCCACGACACUGGACGCAUCACCGUACGAGGCGUCGGUCUGCAAUCUUUCCUUCAUCCGAUGGCUUGAGGCAGUUAUCGAGCAACUUAAUUCCGUCAUCGACUACAAUAGAGACGGCCGGCCCGAACCACAAAUUUUUCGUAUUCACGAAGAUUUUUUCCAUUGCUUACGGUCUCGGUUUUCCAUCGGUCAUGGCAAGCGUCAACCUGACUCGGUGUCCCCGUUUGUUGAUGAUGAAAUCGUAAACACCCAGCAUCGAUCGCUACAAACGCAGCACUACAAAUUCAGCCAUCACAACAGCCUGCAAAACGUGUUCCGGACCGAUCGCAUAAAACUUGCAUUCGAAAAGAAUUUCUCACGUUCCACCAGCGGCCAGUUCACGGCCGUCGACGAGGAGGAAGCUGAAAAUCCCUCACCUAGCCAUGGGCGACCGAUGCGUCCUAAGUAUUACGGCACGUUUAUCAAGCUGGGGCGUUACCGACAUGAGUUAGACCCGCACAAGGUUUACCAUCUUAGCAUCGCGUGGACCGCAGGCGUGUUGCCGCGUAGUGGAUUCGGCGAGUUACGAAUCAUCUUUGAAUAUGGUCACCGAAUGAACGGCCGCUAUGUGGCUCCUCCGUAG